AUGGUGGGCCGGCUGAGCCUGCAGGAUGUGCCUGAGCUUGUGGAUACCAAGAAGAAGGGAGAAGGCGUCCUGGACAGCCCGGACUCGGGGCUGCCCCCUAGUCCCAGCCACUGGGGGCUCGCGGCGGCCGGGGGAGGCAGCAGCGGCGGGGAGCGCACGCCUGCCCCUGGGGUGCUGGAACCCGAUGCCGCCGCGACCCCUGCGGCUCCAGUCUCACUCCCCACCCCCCUGGCCUCUAGCUGUUCCCCAAGGUUAUGCCCCCUGUCCUUUGGCGAAGGAGUUGAAUUUGAUCCCUUACCACCGACGGAAGUAAGGUACACUUCCUCUGUCAAGUAUGACUCAGAGCGGCACUUCAUCAACGACAUCCACAUGCCACUGGGCCUGGCCGUGGCCUCCUGCAGCCAGACGGUCACCUGCGUCCCCAAUUGCACAUGGCGCAACUACAGGGCUGAGGUACACUUCGAGCCCCGCCACAGGCCCGCACGCUUCCUCAGCACCACCAUUGUGUACCCCAAGUACCCCAAGACCGUCUACACCACCACCCUGGAUUACAACUGCCGCAAGACGCUGAGGAGGUUUCUGUCCAGUGUGGAGCUGGAAGCCGCCGAGUUCCUGGGCAGCGACUGCCUCUCGGAUGAAUGCUGA